AAAAGCCAAACCAACAAGUGCAGAUUAUCUCACCGUUGUUUGCCAUGUCGUCGGCUGCGCCUGCGAGUGCGCGGGCGGGGCACCAGCUCCCUCGCCGGCCCGCGUCGUGCUCCAACUCCAAGCAGAACAGGAAGCCGCCUGUGGUGAUAGCGCACGAGUGCCCCAGCGCGAUGCGUGCCCACUUGGUGGAGGUGCCCGCGGGGCGCGACGUGCUGUCGUGCGUCUCGGCGUUCGCGCGGCGUGGGCGGUGCGGUGCGAUGGUGCUGGGCGCGGCCGGGCACGUCACAGACGUGGUGCUCCGGGAGCCCGCGCUGGUGCUCCGCGGCACCAUGGAGAUACUGAGCCUGUCCGGCUGCUUCUUCCCAUUCCCGGGGCCCGGGUCGGUGGCAGCCACGGGAACGGCGGUGUUUAUGGCCGGGCCGCGGGGCAGCGUGCUGGGUGGCGGCGUUGCGCUGGGAGGGCUGGUGGCCGCGGGGCCGGUGGUGGUGAUGGUGGCCACGUUUGUGGCGGCGGCGCUUGACAGGCUGCCGUUGGCCAAGGGGGAUGAGGCCGGGAAGGAUGUGCAUGGACACCACCGGGCGUGCGGCUGGGCGGCAGUGUGCCGGAAAAAGAAGCAGCAGCAGCUUGGCGCCAAUUAAUACCUUCCAUUCCAUCUCUGGCGAAUUUAAUCAAAUUGAUUUACAUAAAUUUCCUUCCGUAUGCCAGCUACACAGCUAGCUAGCUAGAGUUUAAACGGACAAGCUGGGGGUGCCCAUCUAAAGCUUAGCUCCCGUAAUAUCGAAUGUUUCAAUAAUAAUUACGGAUAUUAAAUAUAGUUUAAUUAUAAAACUAA